GGACCCGCGCAAGGAGCCUCCGAGCCCCGGAAUUCGGGCCGCAUCCCGGGUCGGGCCGGACUCCUCGGGGGAGCCUCGAACCCGGGGCCACGGGCGCUGGCACCGGGGCAGGUGCGGAGAACGGGCGCUUGGCGCUGCCCGGCCCCCGCGUCCUGGCCCGGGUGGGAGGACGCUGUGUCUGUCGGGAUCGCCUCCCUGCCCCUCCUGUGCGCUGCUCCCCAGGCUGGUACAAUGGUGCCUGUGCCAUGUGGUGGAGGUUGGCACCGCUGUCCCCAUGGCAUCGGGACUCUUGGGGGUUUGGUGCCAGGCUGAAAUUCAUAGGGUGGGGAAACCAGGCCGGGAAAGCGCAUGGGACAGCGCUUCCUACCUGCUCUUACCCGACACAGAGGGGCGAGGGUCUUUAAUGGGCCAGUGCCAAGCUGGCAGCUGUGGGUACCACCCUAAACCCAGCCCCUUCCCAGCAGGUGAGAUCGGAGAAGGGAACAUUUCCAAUCCCUCUCCUCCAUGGAUCAGCCCCCUUGGCCUUCUGCCUCUCCUUUAUUCCUUCCAUCUGGCCUGAAUAAAACCCUUCCCACGCUGCUGGGACCCUACUUGUGUCCCAAUCCCAGCUGGGUGAAAGGGCGCUGGGUGUGGGCAGCAAUCAGACCCCCCCUCCUUCCUCCCCCCACACUUUUGCCUUCCUUGCUCUGGAGCUGAAGCAGAGACGGGCUAACACCCAGGAUCCACUGGGCUUUGAAGAGUCUUUGGCUCCAGAUUUUUUUUUCCAGUUUAAAAGUUGUUUGGCUGAGACAAUGCAGGGCGGCUGGGGAGUGCGUUAGGAGACCGGGAUGAUUUAUGUUUGUUUCUUCUGGGCCUGCCUCCAGUCGGGAGCCAACCGAAGUGGAACUGAAAACGAUCCCCUCUGUACCUAAGAAGAUGACUCUGAACACGCAGCAAGGGGGCAAGGACCCUGUGCGCAGACGGGCCAGCACCCCGGUCCCCCUCUCCCACCAGGCCAGGCCAGGGAUGCGUGAGCUGAGGCCUAACCCCAGUGAGUCCCAUCACCCUCCGCUUGGCUACUCCUCAUCCUUCGAGCCUGGAGACAAAGCUCCCGUCAUGCCGCGCAGCAGCUGGUCAUCGGACUCGGCCGACUCCGACAGCUCCUGGGAAUCCUUGUAUCGGGUGGUGCUGCUGGGUGACCCUGGUGUGGGCAAGACCAGCUUGGUGAACCUCUUUGCCGGGAUCCAAGAGCGGGACCUGCCGGAGCAGCCAGGAGAGGACGCCUACGAACGCACCCUGUCGGUGGAUGGGGAGGAGACCACGCUGCUGGUGAUGGACACCUGGGAAACAGAGAGGCGGCCCCAGGAGGAGGAGAACCGGUUCCGCAAUCACUGCAUGCAGGUGGGGAAUGCCUAUGUCAUUGUCUACUCCGUCACCGACAGGGUGAGUUUCGAGAGCGCCUCUGAGCUGAGAAUCCAGCUGCGCCGGACCCGGCAAGCAGAGAACAUCCCCAUCAUCCUGGUGGGGAACAAGACGGACCUGGUGCGGUGCCGAGAGGUCUCGGUGGAAGAGGGCCGGGCCUGCGCCGUGGUCUUCGAUUGCAAGUUCAUCGAGACGUCUGCCACCCUCCAGCACAACGUGACGGAGCUCUUUGAGGGGGUGGUGCGCCAGAUCCGCCUGCGCCGGGACAGCAAGGAGGCCAACGAGAGGCGCAAGUCCAUCUACAAGCGCAAAGAGAGCCUCACCAAGAAGGCCCGGCGCUUCCUGGACAGACUGGUCGCCAGGAACAACAAGAAGGUGGCUCUGAAAGUUCGCUCCAAGUCUUGCCAUGACCUGUCCGUGCUCUGAGACCUGUCACAAAACAGGACACUUCCUUCUCAUGCGUAAAGGGAUGGCCUCUUGUACCUCCCAAGCGGCUGUCUGCCAUGUACAUAGGGGUUUGUAAACUUUCUUCUCUGUUCGUGGCAUGUGGACAGGACCUUUCAGGGGACAGAUGAGACUCGUCUGGAGCAAUAACCCGGGAGACGGCGCCAACUUCCUAACCAGAGCCUCAGAAUCAAAGUGACACCAGCAACCCAUGGGGAAGGACUCCUUGCAUGGACUGAAUGUCCUAAUCCCCAAUAGCGCCUCCUGCCAGCCCUGCCACUUGCCUGGAGCCCUGCAAGAGGAGGUGGGCAGGGAGAAGCUAGGGCAGGUCUCCAGGGUGCCAGGAGGCACCAGGAAGUGUUCUAGUGUUUGCCCAUGGA